CCAAAAACUACUCCCUGGUUUCAUGCAACUUCUCUCUGAAGCUAGCAACACAAGGAUCCCAGGGCAUGCUGGUUAAUCUUGCUGGACUCUGGGUCUCAGAUGCUUCUCAUUGACAGACGUUCCCAAGCAGUAAGAAUUGAUGGAUCCUGUGCAGAAGGCAGUGAUCAAUCACACCUUUGGGGUGCCCUCCCCGCUCAAAAAGAAGCAGUUCAUCUCCUGCAACAUUUGCCACCUCCGGUUCAACUCUGCAGGAAGUUGCAUCCAUUUACGACAGGGUGUUAAUCUGCCCAGUAGCAAGUACAGUGGCCUGCAGUUGGGACUCGUCUCCUCCGCUGCUGGGCAGAUAUGCCAUUGGAACCAGGCAGAGGCCCAUUAUAAAGGCCACAAACAUGCCCGGAGACUCAAAGCCAUAGAAGCCAUGAAGAACAAACAGAAAAUAGCAGCGGCAACUACCACCACCAGCCAGGAGAAGCCAGCCGAUUUCCCUGCCACCCUGGAUGGGAGUGGGGAUCCCAGCAGCACAGUCCAAGCCAAUGGCCUCCUGGCGCUGAAGGAGCCAGAUGCUGAGUGCAGCAGUCUCAUGCUGACACCCACCUCAGAGGAGUCCUCAGCUGAGCUGCCCAGCAGCAUCCCAUCCCUGGUCUCCCCACCUGUUUCAGAGCUGUCAGAGGGUGCUUCAGAUGCCACCAGUGUGGCCUCUUCAGCAGCGCAGGGUGCUGAGCCCCAGGCAACAGAAUUGGCCAGCAGUGUGAGCUCAGCCCCUGACAGUGAGAAGGAAGGGAAGAAGAGCAAGCCACACCUCUACUGUCCCACCUGCAAAGUGACCGUCAACUCCCUGUCCCAGCUGGAGGCCCACAACACUGGAGCCAAACACAAGUCCAUGCUGGAGGGUCACACCACCCAGAUGCGGCGGGGCCGAGGCAAGGUCCUCUCCCGGGCAGGACACAAGUCCAAACGGAUUGGUAACAAGGGCAGCAUCAACAUCCAGAACAAGGCGUUCCACUGCCAAGUGUGUGAGAUCUACGUGAACUCGGAGACCCAGCUUAAACAGCACAUGAACAGCAGGAGACACAAAGACAGGCUCGCUGGGAAGCCGCCCAAGCCAAAGUACAGCCCAUACAAUAAGCUGCAGAAGAACGCUGCCCUCGCAGUGAGUAUUCUCAAGCUUGCAGAACUUGGGGCCCUGGCAGGGCAGUGGAGGAGUCGAACAGAAGAAAACGCAGAAGGAAUUGUUUUGUAUUUCACUGUGUUAAAAGAUCCGGCAAUGACCUGGUCUAAAAACCGUUCACAGGGCACUCGGGGCCCCUGCCCACCUGUCCCCCUAGCGCAACCUGUCAGUAGAAACUGGCAGGAAGGUGGCAACCCCAACAGACGUUGUGCCGGAAUGACCACCCAUCCUGAUCUAUGCAAAUCCAAAUGGAGCAACCCGGCCACUGUGUGACCCUGUCUGCGUUCUACUUUGGUGCUCACUCUGUGCACUGAGGAAUGUCAUUUGAAAUGGAAAUUCAGUGAUGCAACACAUAGAACCAUGCAGGUGCUUCCCAGAAAGCCUCAACUCCCUCAGCCCUACAACAGGUUCCCAUCACAGGAGCUGCCUGGUGAUGCCUUCCAGAAGGCCCCUGGGGCCCCAGAGACAGGCCAGGGGCUGAUAUGUGUAUCCGGAGACCCACAAGCACAUGAUUAAGAUGUCUUAAUUUUGAAGGAGAAAGGAAAUGAGUUUCAGGAGGUAUUUGCUACAGCGUAGGGAGGGCCCUGCUAGGCUGAGCAGCAGGACACUGCCCUGACACUGGCUCUGAGGAGCCCAGGUUGCUGUGUUCCUAAUUUACGGAGCAUAUGGAUCUGCUACAGCCUUCUCCUCCCUGACCUGCUGCUUCUCCUCAGGCUGUAGGGGCUCCUGGAGGUGCCUGUUUCCAGUCCCACUGUUGGCCAAGAGGGAAUCAGUCACACCUGUACAGCAGUCCCUCCUCUGCUUUUGUAGGGGCCUUCAGUGCCACUGUGCAGACCUCUGCCACUUGAGUAGAAGUAGAUUGUUACUCUCUCUCAUACAAGGCAGUAGAGGGGUAAUAGGAGCACAUAGCAAGGGCACUGGAGGCUUCUUGGGCUGAAUGUGGUUGGGGGAAGCGUAUCAUCUCCCCCUGCCCCUGUUCAAAGGGAAGGGAGCUGGUGCAGUAGAUGGGCCCAGAGGUGGGGAGCAGCUUGAGGGAGAAAGAGGGACCUGACAGGCAUUGUGUGGGAGGGGAAUGGGAAAGGGGACUCAGCUAGGGGCUGAGUGCUGGGUGGCUGACCCUGCUGGGAAGGCAUUUGGGGAUGUCUGGGCAAGGGGAAUUGUAUUUUGAUGCUAGUUUUCCUGGAUGCCUGGGGAUGGAGCUCAGGGUUGAUCUUUUUUGUUUGAUAUUUGGCUUUCCAUAUUUCCCAGGGAACUUUGCAACCCGCCUCAUUUCACCCCACCCCAAGUCUCCUGGGAUGAAUUACCCCUUCAGAGACCAGCAACCCACCUGCACCCCCAACCCCACAGAGCUCGGCGCAGCAGAGGCGAGCUCUCAGCCAGGCGCCUGCCCAGGGAGCUGGUCUGUGCAGCAGAGUUGCAAGGGAACAAAGCCAGCUAGAGGAAUAGGUCCCCCUGCCCCAAGUUGCAGGCCCUUCUUUCCACUCCCUACAAAGCCCAGAGCAGGUGUAGGGCCUGCCAUUGGGCAGAGCCUCCCCUUCUAAGCCAUGGAGGGGACAAUGUGAUGGAAACCCAGCAUUUUGCUGAGAUGUAUCCCAGAGGUCUUCUAAUGCCCAUCAGCUCCCAGGUAGCCUGAGUAUCCGCCACUUUCACAGCCCUCUCUGUGCCUCUGCUUUGCUCACUCUGCCCUACACACUACCUGAGUGGUCCUUCUAGUGCCCUCUCCCCCAUGCACACACAGUGCUGGCUUUGAGAAUUCAGGAAGCAGACAGCUUGAGCCAGGCUUCUCCUUACGAGACCCCAAAAAGCACCACAGUGGUCUCCCCUCACAAGCCCCCCCAGGCUGUGUUGUUGACACCUGUGCUGGACUUUCCUUUGGAGCCAGUGAGUCACCUAAUGGCGCCAGGGCCUGAUAUACUCAUACACUCAGCACUUUAACCCCUUUAAAGCCAUUCCUUCUAUGAAUAAUACUGCGAUGAGCUGCUUGAAACCACGCACCCUCAUCUCCUAUGCCCCUGCACCACCAGAGUCCCCCUGUCUACUCCUAUGCUCUCCAAAGCGUUAACUGCCUUUGACUUAGCAUAUACUGUAGUAGCUAGUAGGGCAUAGUGCGUAGCUCUCGAGAACGUGUGCCCCUCUGUACAUAACCUUGGAGUGACGUGAACAAUGUUUGAUUAAACAGAAAUAAAAGAAACCAAACCUCACACAUACAAAAUAAAGACUCUAGGGACUUGGCCAGUAUCUCCCCUCCACCCCUCUGUACUGUUCACUGUAUAUUUUUUGAUGUACUAUAACUGUUGGGGAAAAAAAAGGAAAAUAUUUUGAUAAUCAAAUCUCAUCGCUUUAUUGUGUUACUCAGUAAAUAAAAGGAACAAGUAUAACUGAGCCUGGCUCUCCCUGUGCCUUCAUUUGGGAAACUGGCCAGUGGGUACGGAGAGGAUGUCAGUGGCAAGAAUAGGUGCCCUGCCCAAGUUUCAGGCCCGUCAUGCUGUAGAUAUCAGAGGGUGUGGAAUAGCCCAUCCCCAGUGGCUCAGAGCAGUGAAGACUUUACUCAGCUGGCCAAAGGCCACGGGAGGGAGCAUGGUGGCGUGGGUCAGGAUGUGCACUGAGGACAUGAGAGAUCUUUGUUAUGUUGUUAACUCAGAUGUGUGGCCUAGGGUGGGUGCAUCCCUCCCUGGUUAGUCUGUGAGCUCACUGGCUCACUUGUUUUGUGUCGAAACAGCACUCAGCAUACACUGAUGGCCACAGCCAGCUUGAGUGACCUUAUUGUACAUACAUGAAGGAGCCUAAGGGUUGUUGUGCACAGAGGGGAUGCAGCCUGCAGCUAACCUCUUUAAUUCAGAAAGGCAGCCCACAAAGGCUUCAUAGUCCAUCCCUUCAUGCUUCCCUACCUUGGCAGCAGGCAGUCCCAUGACCCUCACUCCCCCCCAAAUCAAGCUGUGGAGCCCACUGGCCCUCAGGGCCCUAUGCCAUCUUGGACACAGGCUGCAGCCAGUCCAGCUCCGGCUGAUCAGUGCUCCAACUGGACCCUGCUUUUGCCCUCAAAUCAGUGUCUCUGCCAGAGCCUGGUUAGGGGUGGAGCUGCAGCCAAGUGGGGCUUUGGUGAGUUAACCCUUUUAGUCCCAACCCAGCAAAAAUCCCAAGUGAACAGGUGGUGCCUGCAAAGCUGGCUAUAGCUGAAGAGGCAAUGCAGUCAAACAAAUUACCCCUGACCAUAGCUGAGCCCUUGGGGCAGAUAGAUCAGAUGCCCUUCUCUCCCUUGUAGAAAAUGGCUUCCUGCCACUAGUCUUGCCAGCAGCAGACAGUUAUAGCCUGACAGCCCUGGAGCAGUGCAUUCCCCAAAGGGUUAAAGGUGACAUUUCCAUAAGGCCAAGGCAACACCUGGUCACUGGACCUAACAGUGGCUGGCUUCUCUGAAGAGCUGAGCUCAUUGUACCCUCUUAUUGGGCAUUAAGGGGCACAACUGGUCAUCCAGAGCCAAAGCUACCCAGCUACAUGGCUCAGCAGCCUCUUCCACCCCCACCCCCCUGCAAGCAGCAGGAGAGAGGGGAUCCUGGCACCUCUGACAACAGUAAGUAAUGCCAUGAGAAAUAAGAAAGCACUGGCCAAUUUCCCUGGCUCUAGGAAAUGGCCUAACAGGGCCGAGUUGGGGUGCAGAGCUAUUCAAGGAUACCAUGGUGACCCCAGCUGUGGCCGUGGCCUCAAAUAUCUGGUCAGAGAAGCUAAAGGAGCUUGUAACACUAACCUCUCAGUUCUUAGCCCACUGAGGACAUGACUGGUCUCAGUGGAGCCUCCCCUGCACUGCUUCCCCCAAAAGGGUGACCACCUAAGCGCACUGAAGGGAGGAAAUCUGCCUCCCCUGGGCUCACUGCUCCCCUGCAGUGCAGUUGAUGUGAGCUACAGCUGCCUCAAAUCCAAUGCAACAGUACCCCACCCCCACCUCAAGCAGCUGAGCAAGCAGCGUACAUCUAGCACCUGGGACAUGUGGAGGGGCUGAGGCACUGAGCAGAGGAUGCUGGGUUCUUUCAUUUGCGUAGUGGAAGUACUGGGUUCAACUGCUGUU